AUGGCUGAGAAAGGAACUGAUCUCAGCCGUCAGGUUCACGGCCUGAGCUACAAGGCCGUUUUAGUGGUGGUGUUGGUGGCGGGUUUUAGGCGGUGCUCCGGCGCGUUGCUCAAAGAGCGACGGUCGAGGAGUCCUGGAGGGACAAUCGAGGCUAAAAAGACCUGCAUGGUGGAGCCUGAUCAGGGCAAGUGGGUAGUCAAAUCGGCAUUUGGGAUCGUGAAGCAUGGUGGUGUGACCCCCAUAAAUCUUGGUAAAUCUCGGCCACCGCCCUGA